GUAGUUCACUGUCGUUGCUAAUUGUUGUAUCAAAAGUUAGUAAUGCUUCAACUUCUUUCUUCUUCUAGCAAGCAGAAAGUUAUACCACUUUGUAAAGAAGGGUAUGAUACUCCAUCAUAUUAUCAACCUCUCGUACCAUGCAUCAGUAGUACUACCAGCAAGCGGUGGGUUCCAAUCCAGAACAGGUCUUCUGGUUCCCAUUUGAGUUCAGCUGAACUUGAAGUUCAUGGUGUUCUAUCAGAAGACUACUCUGAUGACCUACAAAUUUGGCGAUCCCAUUUGAAAAACUAUUGGUCCUUACUUACGCCCUUAAUUUUCUCUGACCAUCCAAAGAGGCCUGGUGAUGAAGAUCCAUUACCUCCAUUUAACAUGAUACGCAAUGUGAUGGACAUGAAUGCCCACUAUGGCGGUUUAAAUGCUGCGUUUGUGGAGCAGAAGAAAACAGUUUGGGUUAUGAAUGUUGUGCCUGUUGAGUCUCCCAAUACACUUCCGCUCAUACUUGAUCAAGGUUUUGCUGGUGUUCUGCACGAUUGGUGCCAACCUUUCCCCACCUAUCCACGAACAUAUGAUUUGCUCCAUGCAAAUGGGCUCCUCUCACAGCUACUUUCAAGUAGGUGCAGCAUGAUUGAAUUAUUAGUGGAAAUGGAUCGUAUACUGCGGCCUGAGGGAUGGGUUAUCCUGAAUGACAAAGUGGGAGCAAUAGAGAAGGUGCGAAUGCUUGCUACACAGAUUCGUUGGGAGGCAAGGGUGAUUGACUUUCAUAGUGGCAGUGACCAGAGGCUCCUUGUUUGCCAAAAACCAUUCGUGAAAAAGUGAUUGAUUUGUAAUUGUGGGGAAUCUCUCACAACCGCCACGUGUACAGUUGUUUUGCUAUGGUAAUUCCUCUUUGCACACUGAAAUGUUUUCCACAAGAUCAUCUGUAGUUUUUGUUCUAAAUAGUGUUCUUUUAGCAUCCUAGUAAGACUCCAAACCCCAAGACAUAAAUGACUAAAACACAAACACUAAAGGGUUACAAAAAGGAGGCCCACUAAAGGGUUAAGGUAGAUUUCUUUUGAUAUAUAGUUUAGCACUGGAAACCAACUUUAAGCAAAAGAAUAUGGUGCUGUCCCUUCUUCACUGUGUGUUCUUCAGUUUUUUCCUCCCAUGAACUUCAAGUAAUAACAUAUCUAUCUCCAAAUCCAUCUGUGUUCUUCAGCUUCAAGUAAUAACAUAUCUAUAUCUGUAUGAAUCUGAUUCAGCAAUGCUGUUUUUACUGAUUAAAUUCUAAGAUUUACUCCAAAUCUUUCUCAAACGAGAUGAGAAAAGAAACGAUCUGAUUCUCUUGUUGUUGUUGUUAUGACAGGGUAAUAGGGAGUUCAUAUAAUCAUAUUGAUUGAUGGAAGAGCCGCCUUAUGGAUCCAUCCAAUCCGUCCAUGUCCAUGACUAGAAAUUGAGGCUUGUGGAAUGUUUAGAUUUUGAGAUUUUUCGCAGAAGUAGCUGCUCUUCAAUUCAUUUGAUCCAAUCUAUUCUUAGAAAUUCAUUUAUCCCCUCUCCUUCUCUUCUUCCUUUCUACUCCGAAAUAUCUUCAUUAUUUUCAUACUCAGACCAUUUUGUUUUCUAUUGAACCUGAAAUAUAUUCUUGCUUUCCCCCUCUCCUAAGUUGAAUGGAAAUAUCAAAUCUUAUACUA